GUGUGGUUGAGUUACACACACAGAGCACAGGCUGAGACCACACCGCACCUUCACAGGUUGUAGGGCUCAAAAUUAACCUAAAAGUAUAACUACACUGCAUAAUAGCACAUUCAUAAGUAACGGUAUGCACGGAUGUUAUGGUGGGAGGUGCCAUGGAAAAUCCAUGGUCAGAGAGAGGGAAGAUGUGCAAAAAAUAAUAAUUUGAGGGCAUUCCUCAGCUUUGGCUCCCUCAUCUUUUGUACCCCACUUAUGCAAGACGCAACAACAGCUAUUGUAAAAGAAAAGCGUUUAACAGAGAAGAAAAUUGAAAAAAGGGGCAGAGCAGCAGGAUGAGGAGGACAUUUGACAGAUAAAAAGAGGGAGCUCUGCAGCAGGAUCCCCACCGUGCUGAACACAGGACUGCGUGACUGGUCUGUGCAAGCAGAGGGAGGAGAGAGGAGAGAAGGGAAGGGAGGAAGGUAGGAAAGAAAGAAGGGGGAGGGGAGGCAAUUCAGCGCAGUGAAAGCUGACUGGGUGAGUAGCAGCCGCGGCACAGGCAGCAGCAUCAGCACCACUAGCUGUAGCAUCUUUCUUUGUGGCUGCUGGAGGCUGUCCUGUGGCUGCUGUAGCAUCAACAUCAUCCAUUUACAAACACGUAUAUCUGGACACAGACGUCCUCACUGCUUGCUGCCUUAUACACACCAAUAUCGUGGUGGCCACCAGAGAAGAGGUAGUAUGUGACGGGGCUUGGGGGACGGAGGGACACAGGAAGAGGAAACAGGGACGAGUGGUGGUCGUGCAAACGGGAGGAGGGCUGGAGCGACGCCGACUAGAACAGCAGCAACAGCAGCAGUAGCAGCGGCACCAUGGCACAAGCCGCCAAGCAACUCCGUAAGACCAAGGACCUCGCAGAGGCUGCCGCCCAGGAGCAGAGGGAGAAGGAGGAGGAAAAGAUCAAAAAGAGGAAUCGGUCCAGGGACCGCAGGCGCAAGGCCGAUUCAGCCACCAGCUUUCUGCGUGCAGCUCGCUCAGGGAACCUGGACAAGGCUCUGGACCACUUAAAAAAUGGACUCAACAUUAACACAUCUAAUCAAAAUGGUCUCAACGGGUUACACCUGGCCUCUAAAGAAGGGCACGUCAAAAUGGUCCUGGAGCUACUGCACUCUGGCAUUGAACUGGAAGCCACCACCAAGAAAGGGAACACAGCUCUCCAUAUCGCAGCGCUGGCAGGGCAGGAGAAAGUGGUGGCUGAGCUUGUCAACUAUGGUGCCAACGUUAAUGCCCAGUCACAUAAAGGGUUCAGUCCUCUCUACAUGGCAGCACAGGAGAACCACUUAGAGGUGGUCAAGUUCCUGCUCGAGAACGGUGCCAAUCAGAGUCUCCCAACUGAGGACGGCUUCACUCCACUGGCAGUAGCCCUCCAGCAGGGCCAUGAAAAUGUUGUGGCACUGCUCAUCAACUAUGGCACUAAGGGCAAGGUCCGCCUCCCUGCACUGCACAUCGCCGCAAGAAACGAUGACACCCGCACCGCCGCAGUGCUGCUACAGAACGACCCCAACGCUGAUGUUCUCAGCAAGACUGGUUUCACACCUCUCCAUAUUGCAGCCCACUAUGAGAAUAUGAGCGUAGCCCAGCUGCUACUGAACAGAGGAGCCAAUGUAAACUUCACCCCCAAGAAUGGCAUCACACCCAUCCAUAUAGCCUCCAGGAGGGGCAAUGUGAUGAUGGUCAGACUACUGCUAGACAGAGGAGCACAGAUUGAUGCCACAACUAAGGACGAGCUUACUCCUCUCCACUGUGCAGCCAGGAAUGGUCAUGUUCGCAUCAUUGAGCUUCUGUUGGAACACGGUGCUCCCAUCCAGGCUAAAACCAAGAAUGGUCUGUCCCCCAUCCACAUGGCAGCUCAGGGGGAUCACAUGGACUGUGUCAGGCAGCUACUGCAGUACAACGCUGAGAUUGAUGAUAUCACGCUGGACCAUUUAACCCCUCUUCAUGUAGCAGCCCACUGUGGUCAUCAUCGGAUGGCCAAAGUCCUACUAGACAAGGGGGCCAAAGCCAAUGCACGAGCUCUGAAUGGCUUUACACCUCUCCAUAUUGCCUGCAAGAAGAACCACAUGCGGUCCAUGGACCUGCUGCUUAAGCACUCUGCUUCCCUAGAAGCUGUUACAGAGUCUGGUCUUACUCCUCUUCAUGUAGCUGCAUUCAUGGGCCAUCUGAACAUAGUGAAGAACCUGCUCCAGAGAGGGGCUUCACCUAAUGCUUCCAAUGUGAAAGUGGAGACUCCCCUCCACAUGGCCUCCAGAGCAGGACACUGUGAAGUUGCUCAGUUCCUGCUGCAGAACGCAGCACAAGUGGAUGCCAGGGCUAAGGAUGACCAGACACCCCUACACUGUGCGGCCCGCAUGGGCCACAAGGAGCUAGUCAAGACGCUCCUUGAGCACAAGGCCAGCCCUGACUCGGCUACAACUGCGGGCCACACACCCUUACACAUAUCUGCACGUGAAGGACAUGUCCACACUAUUCGAAUCUUGUUGGAUGCUGGGGCACAGCAGAUCAAGAUGACAAAGAAAGGCUUCACUCCCCUCCAUGUGGCCUCUAAAUAUGGGAAAGUGGACGUGGCUGAGCUCCUUCUAGAGAGAGGGGCCAAUCCUAAUGCAGCUGGGAAGAACGGUCUGACACCCCUUCAUGUGGCUGUCCAUCACAACAACCUGGAUGUUGUUAGACUCCUGGUCAGCAAGGGAGGAUCUGCACACAGCACUGCCCGAAACGGAUACACAGCCCUGCACAUAGCGGCCAAGCAGAACCAAAUAGAGGUGGCCAGUUGUCUGCUGCAGAAUGGGGCAACACCCAAUUCCGAGUCCCUCCAAGGCAUCACGCCCCUACACCUGGCUUCACAGGAGGGGCGGCCCGACAUGGUGGCCCUGCUCAUCUCCAAACAGGCCAACGUUAAUCUGGGAAACAAGAAUGGGUUGACCCCUAUGCAUCUUGUGGCUCAGGAAGGUCAUGUGGGAAUUGCUGACACGUUGGUCAAACAGGGAGCUUCCGUUUACGCUGCUUCACGGAUGGGCUACACACCCCUUCAUGUGGCCUGUCACUAUGGCAACAUCAAGAUGGUGAAGUUCCUCCUGCAGCAGCAGGCUCAUGUGAAUAGCAAGACAAGGAUUGGCUACACCCCUCUGCACCAGGCAGCUCAGCAGGGCCAUACUGAUAUUGUCACCCUGUUGUUAAAACACGGAGCCCAGCCCAAUGAGAUUACUUCAAAUGGGACCUCUCCCCUGGGUAUUGCUAAGCGACUGGGUUACAUCUCUGUCAUUGAUGUGCUCAAACUGGUUACCGAGGAGUCCGUCUCCGCGAUCACUACAGAGAAGCACCGGAUGAGUUUCCCUGAGACAGUAGAUGAGAUUUUGGAUGUUUCAGAGGAUGAAGGGGUUGCCCAGCUAACUUUAGGAGACGAGUUGCUCGGGAUGGACGGGGCCCGCUAUUUGAAGCUUGAUGACUUCAAGGACCAGGACGAUGACUUCCUCUCCCCGAAGAAAACCCUUAGAGACUUUGAGGGUGGCAUGGGUACCACGCCAUAUUCUCCUGCCAUUCCCAGGAUCCCUUGUGUGUCCCCAGAGACUGUACUGCUGGAUCAGCACACCCCCAUCCCCCUGCCAAAGGAGUAUGAUGAAGACUCUCUUAUCCCGAGCAGCCCGGCUACGGAGACUUCAGACAACGUUAGCCCUGUGGCCAGCCCUAUUCACACUGGCUUCUUGGUGAGUUUUAUGGUGGAUGCCCGAGGCGGCUCCAUGCGAGGCAGCAGACACCACGGCCUGCGAGUUAUCAUUCCUCCUCGAACCUGCACCGCACCAACACGCAUUACCUGCCGUUUGGUCAAACCUCAGAAACUGACCACACCUCCGCCGCUGGUGGAGGGGGAGGGGCUUGCUAGCCGUAUCAUCUCUCUAGGGCCAUCAAGUAUGCAGUUCCUUGGGCCAGUAAUAGUGGAAAUCCCCCACUUUGCCUCACUGGGCCGAGGGGACCGAGAGCUUGUGGUCCUCCGCAGCGAAAAUGGCUCAGUCUGGAAGGAACAUCGCAAUCGCUAUGGUGACGAAGUGUUGGAAACUAUUCUGAAUGGCAUGGAUGAAGACUUGGAGAGUCAAGACGAGCUGGAGAAGAAGAGAAUCCGUCGGAUCAUCUCCACUGACUUCCCCCUCUACUUCGCUGUGGUCUCCCGCAUUCAGCAGGAGAGCGAUCUGAUCGGUCCAGAGGGCGGCCGGUUGAACACUAAGCUGGUACCCCAUGUCGAGGCCAUCUUCCCUGAGACGGCAGUCACCAAAAGAGUGAGACUGGGGCUGCAGGCGCAGCCAAUCCCUGAUGAACUGCUGACUCGGCAUCUUGGUAACCAAGCAACCUUCAGCCCAGUGGUUACCAUUGAACCACGCAGACGCAAAUUUCACCGUCCAAUCGGGUUGCGCAUCCCUUUGCCACCAUCCUGGCGGGAGAGUCCUCGGGAUGCUGGGGAGGGGGACACCACCAGCUUGCGCCUCCUCUGCAGUGUCAUUGGUGGCACUGCACCAGCCCAGUGGGAGGACAUCACCGGAACCACCAAGCUAAUGUACGCCCACAACUGUGCCAACUUCACCACCAAUGUUUCUGCAAGAUUCUGGCUGACAGACUGUCCACGCACGGCAGAAGCAGUGACCUUUGCCAAUCUGCUGUACCGCGAGCUGAUGUCUGUUCCAUAUAUGGCCAAGUUUGUUAUUUUUGCUAAGAUGAAUGAAGCACGUGAGGGACGCUUGCGUUGUUACUGCAUGACAGAUGACAAGAUGGACAAAACACUGGAGCUGCAUGAAAACUUCACCGAAGUGGCCCGCAGUCGUGACAUUGAGCUGAUGGAGGGCAUGCCGCUGCACUUGGAGUGUUCUGGAAACCUCGUGCCCAUCAGGAAGGCCACCCAGCAGCCUCGCAGCUUCAGUUUCCAGGCCUUCAGAGAUAACAGGCUUCCUGUCUCUGUCAAGGUCCGAGAUAGCAACAAGGAGGCCGCUGGGUUUUUGUCCUUUCUGCGGAAGUGCACCAAGUACGAGGACACACAGCACGUACUGUGUAACCUGAACAUAACCAUGCCACCCUGUGUCAAGGUUGUUGGAAGUGAGGAGCGCAGGCGAACCUUAACCCCCCUCGCCCUGAGGGAGCGCUAUAGUGCACUGAACGAGCCUGGUGUGGCCACAGUCAAUGCCAUGGAGAGAACUGAGAUCAAGAUCAACAUCAUAUCUGAACAGCUGGGUUUGAGCUGGGCAGAGUUGGCACGGGAGCUUCAGUUUAGUGUGGACGACAUCAACAGGAUCCGUGUGGAGAAUCCCAACUCCCUGCUGGACCAAAGCUCUGCCCUGCUCAACCUGUGGGCCAGCAGAGAAGGCAAAAGAGCCAAGAUGGAGAGCUUGUACACGGCUCUGAAAAACAUUGACCGUGCAGACAUUGUAACAUCUCUAGAGGGUCAGGCUCCACAGCCAGUCCCAGGUUAUCCAGAGGAGGGUGCCUGUCGACUAGGCAGCCGCGACUCCACCCUGCUGUCCCCCAGUGUCCUCAAUGAGGUCACGGACACAAGGCGACCACGCCUAGUGCACAAGCCACGAGUUAUUAGACCCCCGUUUUUCAGAAGGGGUUAUGGGCUGGUGCAGGACGAGCUGCUGUCCCCGGCCUCCAUGCAGUACAGUUUGCCCUCCCCGCUGGGCGCAGAGCCCUACUGGCAGGAAGUCUCCAGCCUCGAGUGUGCCCCCAUCGCCACCACCGAGGAAGACACAUUAAUGGAGAUGUCGGACGUUCAGGUGUGGCCAGCAGGGGUCAGCCCCUCGUUGGUCACAGUGGAGGACUCGUCACUAGAGGGCAGCAGUCGGGCUGAUGACUCCGAGGGCGCCACGCUCUCCCUUCCCUGCAGCUUGGGUCGCCCGGGCAGUACAGCCAGUGGGGCCAGUGGCUCCAUCAUGGAGCUGGAGGAGGAGGAGGAUGAGGAAGGAGGGGAGGUUGAGGAGGAGGAGGCGCCACAGGAGCCAGCAACUGUACUGGCAGAAUGGGACAGGGUGAGAGCCAGUGGCGCCGUUCCUAAGGUCAACCUAAACGGCCAGCUGGGAGGUCAGAGGUUGGAUGGGAGGAGAGGGGAGGUCCUCGCAGCAGGAGGAGGAACAAAAGGAGGAGGUGGAGGUGUAGGGUUGGGUUCAGUGGAAGGGAUUUCUGUUGUUGCAGGCCAGCAGGUGUAUGCCCAGCGGUGUGAGGUGUCGGGACUGAGUCGGGCUCCGGAGCACAAUGGCGACAACCAGGUGGUGGGAGGCGGAGCAUUUCAACCCUACUUACCGGACAAGGACUCCCUGCAGGGCUGGGUGGGCUCGGUGUCAUCAGGACGUGACGGCAGAGUGCCAGGCUUGCGCGUGGCCCAGGAGGCUCUGCUGACUCCGGUGUGUGACACGGGUUACUCUCAUGUGCUGCGUGGGCGCCUCCUGCAGGGCACGCAACCCUUUGACAAGGGGCUGGGCUUCUCUCACCAGGAGGCGGGCCAACGUGCUUGGGAACAGGAGCAGAGGCGGGGCCAGAGAGAGGAGAAAGAGGACUAUGCUGCUGAGGCGCAGUUUGUUGAUGAACACGGACGCGUGCUUGCCAGAAAGGUGAGGGUGGAUGUGAAAAAGGGUGCUCAGUCAGCGCAGCGCACCAGUCUGCGGAGAGUUAAACACUGAAAUACACAUACUACCCAGUCCUCCAGGACCGGAAAGCCACUGCCAAAUCAUCCUCCACAAAAACACAACCAGACCGCAGAAGAAAAUGAGCAAGGGGAGAAGAGGAAGAGUAAGACAAAGACUAAGAAGUGCAAACUACAAAAUGACAAAGACAGAAUCAUCCUCAAUGUGUGACCAUGGAGCACCACAAAUGAAAAGAGACAGUGGGGGAAAAAAAAGAGGAGUUCAAGUUGUAGUUUUAUAAACAUUUGUAAAGAAAAAUAUCAACUAGACUAAGGCAUGAAUCUUCUUCUUUUUUUUUUUUACAAAAAAUAACAUAAAUGUCAGUAAAACAACCAAGAAAAAACGUGCUUCCUGUGAACUGUAAUCGCAUGAUGACUGCUGGUGCAUGCCCUUUGACCUUUUGAACUGUCAUUAUCUACAAACUGAAGGGGUACAAGGUAGGGGCUGGCCCACGCUUGGGCCGCAGGCCAUUUUAAGGACCUUAUUCCCCCCAACUGGAGUGGUUUGUGUUUGCAAGUUGAGUCAAUAACACUACAGCCAAAAAAAAAAAAAAAAAAAAAGGUCCCGCAAAUGAUGGUUUCUGUAUACAGCUAAGCUUCUGCUGAGCCUACCCAUGCUUCUUUCACUGGACCCUUUCCCUUAUUAUUCUCAAUGUGAUAUAUGCACUCUAUGCUUCGUGGACAUGUGUCAGUGUGUGUAUGUGUGCGUAUGUGUGCGUGUAUUCUUCUCUGCCGCAUGUGUUUCUUGCCUCAGGCUUGGCGCUGAGCCCUGCCUUGUGAUUGGCUCUUUGGCCCGGUGAUUUCACAGCGAGCUCAGUGCUGGAAUGAGAAAGCUGCUGUGCUCCCCUGCUCGUGAGUGUUCCUGUCUGCGUGUGCUGACGUCUUUUUCCUUUUGUGGAUGAAGCUUGUUUUGUGUUUUUGGUUUCUUCGGAAACUUAUGCACCUGGGUUUGGAAGUAUUGUCUAACCAUGGUAGAGAACUGAAUCUCUUUCACCCCUCGUGUUUUCUUUGGAAAAGGGGGGUUGGUUGCUUGAUUGUAUUGUGCAGCAGCUCCACAACACAAAGAUCGACGUUUUCCUUCCUAGUGACCUUUUCUACCUUCUUCUGUCAUUUCUCCCAGUAGCGCGCAUCAUCUUGAUUCACAAUCUUUAUCAGUAGCCUCAGUCAAUAUGCAGUAAAAUCACAGGCCUCAUCAGCAUUUAUAGCUCCUCCAUCUAAUGCUAGAACGUUGUGUGUGCUCCCCUCUUUAUCUGUUUGCAAUGGCUGUAGCACCUCACUGUCGUCAUUUGAAACAAAGUGAACGGAAAAACACGGAGGAUGAUUCAUGUGAGGAUGUAGUGAUUUGGAGGAUUCAAUGGUAGCAAGUGUGAAAUAGCAUGAUGCUACUACAGUACAACAUGUGAUUGUGAUAGGAACUGUGCAGCGAUGACAAACAGGUAGCACUGUGAUUGUCUUAUUAACACUGACCCCAGACUCGUGAACUGUGAAGACACACAUACAAAAGCACACACAUGCAUAUACACAUACAUAAUGAGAAACACAUGAAAUAGCAGUUGCCUGGUUGGAGUGUUAUAUUUUGAAGUUUGCCACCGCAAUAAUACCUAACGAGAACACAGAAGAUGGAAGCCAGGGUUCUGUAUAUCUACGUGAAGGAUUUGGAACUGAAACUUGUAAAUGAACUCCUCAGUGAAGACAGAAACUCUGUCUGGAUGAAAAGCAGUCGAGUUUGGCAUUGGGCAGCUGUGCUUCUAUCUAACUGGUUGAAUGAGUCAAGAGAGGAUGCAAGAUUCAGCUGUAGCAGGGAGGGACUGUGGAGGCUUGAGAGGGAUUGUUUGUUUUUCAGCACCUAACGUAGCAAAAUAUAAACCAGGAUAUGUUAACUUAAUACACCGAUACCUAUCAAGGAGUCUGCUGCUGCCGUAAGGUGGAAACCACCUAGCUCCAUUUUCUUUUUCUGAGUGAUGUAAGUUGUACUUAGUCUUUCACUAUUUUCAUACACUACACAUAUCACUGUAAACCACCCGUUGUUCUCUUCAUCUCUGAAGCACUUCCUUUAUGCAGAAACCUGACGGCAGCACUAAGAAGGGGUCAUAUCAUAGUAGCACACAUUUCCUGAAAAUCAAAACACAAUAUUUAAGUACUGUAAAUGCUACUGUAGCCUGAAUGAGUGAGACACCGAAUGAAUGAAUGAAUGAAUGAAUGAAUACAUUAGUUACACAUCACACAAAUGCACAUAUUUUCCAUGUCCGUGCACUUGAGAGCCUCAUCCGAUAUAGCACAUGUUUAUUACAUAUCACAUGUUUUCAAAUGUUACUCCACUCAGGUUUUCAGUUCUGCUCUGUCAGAAUCAAAAUGUUCUCCUUUUUAAGUUCUGAGUCCUUCCUUUAAAGACAAGUGCGAGACACAAAGCGAGUGCUUCUGAAUAAGACUUUGGUGUUGGGGCGGGAUGGGGAUGCACGGGGGUUUAGGGGUGCAACGUACUGUAUGGAGCAGGGUGGUGUGUGUGUGUGUGUGUGUGUGUGUGUGUGUGUGUGUGUGGUGGGGAGCUCCUUGGUUCAAAUAAGAGGAGACAAAGUAUUGAGAAUGUCAGUAAUCACUCAGCUCUUUGCCCUGUACAUGCAAAUUUGUGCGCAGAGCCCUCCUCUCUGCUGCUCAGCUCCUGGGGAGGCAAAGUGACGUUGAAGAAAAAUGAACCAAAAGGUUUUAGUGAAGCAUUACUAACUGCAAAGAAGUGCACCAAGUUAAACAAGACAGUUUCGUUAAAAUAACGUAAAACUCAUUUUCCUUCAUUGAUUGCAGUAGCUGCAAUCAACUCAAUUUUAUUUGAGUUACCUCUUUUGGCCCGUUCCUUAAUCUUAUUUAAUUCAGCUGCUCUUCUGAGCCUUGAAUCCACCUACCAGAGGACAAACAAGAUUUUUAUCUUUACACUGUCUAAAUCUUAACUAGCAGGAUGGAUGCAGUUUUCAUCUUUUGGAUGAUGGAGGCCAGUGACUCCCUCAAUCUCAAUCUCCAAAGUGACUAGUUAGUCGCGAUAUGACAUUUUGUACUGUAUCAGCGCAAGAAAUAGGUUAGAUGUUGGCAUUUAAAAAAAUAAAAGCAUAAUUGUGUGUUAAAGUCAUAAUCCUUGACAUUUUAGGAUUCCAAACCUCGUAUUUAUACUCUUAAUGGCAUUUUUUUAAGCUUGUGCUUUAAAUAGAUACACAAGUUGCUCCUCUUUGUCAUUUCUGACAAAGUAGCCACAAAGGCUGUAGCUACCAUUUAAAAAUGUGUGUGGAGAAAAAUGUUGAAACCUAUUUAGGCUAUCAUGUUGGAGAUACAAUUUACAGCAAAUGUUAUUGGACAUUACACUAAUAAGCAGCUGCAAGAAAAAACUUUUCUGUGGUUGAUUAUCAAAAAUGUGUUAGAGGAUUUCGUUAGGGAGGAUAGGAUUUGUGACCUCAGUAUUUCUAAAAUCCUGCCCAUGAGCUUAACAGCCUCUUGAAGUGUGCUUGCUGCCCCCAGUGGACUGUACACGUCUUAUCAAAUGCAACUCUGGGAGCUGUAUUAUUAAAACACACUUGGUGGCGCCAAAUCAACCAGGACUAAAAUCUUAAGGAUUAUAACUUUAUUAUUAUAACAGUCAUUAUCCUGUUGUUUAGAUCACAGUUAAAAUACCAGAUAUUGAUCCAUUUUAAAUCCAGAGGAAAUGUACACUUGGCCACUAAGUGAAAUGAUGUAUGAACUAGUUUAAUUUGAAUGGAAAUCCACUUUUUCAGUCCGUGGAUAAUGCUGAUAAUAAUAAAAACAAUAAUUUUGGAUUUGCAGACUGAAUUAAACUGAGCCUGUGCACUAUGUUAAACUCAACUUCAACUCCACCAUGUUUGUGUUGUACGGAAAGUAAGUGUGUGUGUGUGUGUGUGUGUGUGUGUGUGUGUGUGUGUGUGUGUGUGUGUGUGUGAGAGAGAGAGAGAUGGUGCUUGGUUCCAAACUUUGUUGGAUCGGGGAAGGAGAGAGAAAGUUUUACGGGGCUUGUGACUUGAUAGGACGUGUAACCUUUGGCGAUGUAAAAAAAAGAAAAGAGUAUUGUAAAAUUGUAACUGUCGCGAAAGAAUAGAGAUCAUCUAUACUCCUUUAGAAUGGAUACAUGACAAUGUAAACGCAAUAUCAUAUUACUCUAUCCUAAGGAAUGCAACUGCGCACAUGCACAAAAAAAUGUUUUUAUGAAAAUAUAUGUAUAAAUAUAUGACAAAAUCUAUUUCAUUAGAAUGCUAUGCACCCUCAUAGAGUUGUUAUGGAUGUUCUUUAAGCAUUAUCUAGAGUAGGCCAACGCCCACAUCAUGGGGAAUGUAGAGGCUUUGUAGCUAUGACCACUUGUUUUCUUUUCUUUUGUAUUGUCCUGGAGAGAGGAUAAACAAACAUAUACUGUACCUUAUACUAAGCCUUUCAAUCAUUGUCAUUCUGACAUGAAGAUAUGUAUAGAUCAUCUUACCCUGUACACCAGCUCAAACCAUUUACAAGAAUUAAUAAACAAAGAUGUGACAUAAA